AUGAAUUUAGAGCAGUUUAAAAAUAUAAACAAAGAUCUGGCUACAAAUCUUUUUUCUCAACUAUCAUUUUUAAAAAAUGAGAAUAAGUUUUUGAGCCACGGAAAAUCACUUAUCAAAUUUCUUAUUGGAAUUGCCAUAUUUUUAGUUGUUCUCAUAUUUAUAAAAUCGUGUCAUCCGGCUCUUACAGAUAAGAAGAAAAAGAUCAUAGAAUUUUUUGAAAACUUUAUUUUAAAAAAAAACAAUAAAGACAAAAUAACUGCAUUGAUCCAAUCCAAAGAAUUGGCUGAUGCUGAAUCAACAGAUUCGAGCGAUGCAGAAGAAGAUGUUAAUAUUGAUAAUAAAAAAGCCAAAAGAAAAAAAAAACAUAUUACAAAUAAUUCUGAUGAGAAAGGUAAUGAUGUAAAAGAAAAAAAUAUUAAAAGAAAAAAUAACGGAUUUGAAGAGACUGAUGAAUGUGAUAAUGAAAGUAACCUAUUAUCUUCUGAUGAAGAAAGUGUAGCAGAAUUAGAUGAUUGGAAAAAAAAUGAGUGGAUUAAAUGGAUGGAUCAAACAGAAGAAGAAUGGCAACUUUUAAAAUUAUGGUUGGAAGGAGAAAAAAAUAAAUGGCUUGAAGGUAAAAAUAAGGAAUAUGAUAUAUGGUUAAAACAUAUGGAUAGUAAAUGGACAAAUUAUAGUAAAGAUAUAGAUGAAGAAUAUGGUUCAAAUUUAUUUAAAGAUUCUCAUACAUGGAAUGAAAAACAAUGGGAAAAAUGGAUGAAAACAGAAGGAAAAGAAUUCAUGUUACAAGAUUUUAAAAGAUGGUUAGAAGAAAGUGAAGGAUAUUUAAAAUCAUGGCUUGUCAAACAAUGGAUACAAUGGAAAAAUAUGAAAAUUCUUGAAUGGUUAAUGAAUGAAUGGAGAAGAGAAGAAGAUGAAAAAUGGUCACUCAUAGAAGAUACGGAUCAAAUUAGAAUAUUAAAUCAUAAAGAUAGAAAAGAAUGGCUUAAAUGGAAAGAAAGGGUUACAAGAGAAAAACUCGAAUGGAAACAUUGGGUCGAAUUGAAAGAAAAUAUGAAUAUAUAUAAUAAGUGGAAAAAAUGGAUCAAAUGGAAGAAAAAUAGAUUAGCUAAUUUUAAUGAAUGGUCCCAAAAUUUUAUAGAAAAAUGGAUAAGAGAUAAACAAUGGAACGUUUGGAUUAAUGAAAGGAAAACAUAUACUUCUCAAAGAAAAAGUUUAGAACAACAAUUUGGGGAUAAUAUAGAUAGUAUGAACAAAUUAAGAAAAAAAAAAAUAUUGAAAUAUUUCCCACUAUUUAAUUAUAAAAGUGAUUUGGAAUCAAUCGUGGAAGUAGAUAAAAGCGAAUAUAAAAAUAUUGAUGAAAACCAAGAACAAAAAGGAGAAACAACAUUAAGUGUUAAUGUGGAAAAAACGGAAGGUUUGAGUGUAGAAAAAACAGUAGAUCUUAAUGCAGCCAAAACAUCAGAUCCAAAUGCAGAAAAAACAGUAGAUCUGAAUGCAGCCAAAACGUCAGAUUCAAAUGCAGAAAAAACAGUAGAUCUGAAUGCAGCCAAAACGUCAGAUUCAAAUGCAGACAAAACGGGAGAUGUUAAUCUAGUUAAAACAACAAACUAUAAUGUAGGAAAAACAACAGAUCAAAAAGUAAGACAUUCAUUAGAUCAAGAAGUAAGACAAAUGAUAGACCAAAAAGUAGCACAAAUAAUUAACCUCGACAUAGAAUCAACAACAGAACUAAAAGCAGAAAAAAAAGGAGGAAAAGCAAAAGCAAAGACAAAAGUAAGAACGGUUGAUGAUGACGGAAAUGAAAUUAAUGUUCAAAUUUAA